UUACUUCCGAACCCGGAAGCGGCUGGUGCGGAGGGGAGGUAACCGUGGCGUCUGAGACCUUUGGUCUUUCUCCUUUAAACUUCAGCAUCUCAGCCCACAGCCCUGCACGUGUGAAGCCCGGGGGCCGAGGAGACCUUGAAACCCCGAACCCGCCUCCCAUCAGCGGACAGGGGAGUGUGACAUUUUUCAGCAUUUCAAGUCUUGCCUGUGAGUGUGGUGGAAGCACGGCAUAUGCUCAAGAUGCAGGUGUGAUUGGUCAACAUAAAGUCGCCUGAGAAAACAACCCAGAGCAGGAGGAGGAAGAGGACAAUAUGGCUGCUUCUCAGGGACAGUUGACCUUCAGUGAUGUGGCCAUAGAAUUCUCUCAGGAGGAGUGGGCGUGCCUGGACCCAGCUCAGCGGAAACUGUACGCGGAUGUGAUGUUGCAGAACUACAGGAACCUGGUAUUCCUGGGUGUGUCUAAGCCAGACCUGGUCACCUUUUUGGAGCACAUGAAGGGGCCCUGGGAGUUGAAGAGGAAAAAGACAGUAUCCAGCCAGCCAGCUAUGUCUUCUCAGGUUAUCCAGGAUUUGUUGCCAAAGUCAGGUGUAGAAGUGUCAUUCCAGAAAAUGCUACAGAGUACCUAUAAUGAAGAGAGAAGUCACCAAUGCAAUGAAUCUCAGAAAAACUUCAACCAAGGGUCAAAUUCUAAUAACCAUCAAAGAGCUCAACUUCCACAGUACAAGUAUAAAUGGCCUAAAGUCUUUGAAAAAAACUCAGAUAUUUUUAUACCUCAGAGUAUUCAUACUGUAGAGAAGACAGAAAGUUUUAUUGAAUGUGCCAAGUCUUCCAGCCAAUCAUCAAAUCUUACUGAACAUAAAAGUACUCAUAUUGAGGAGGAGUUUCUCCCAUGCAUUCACUAUGUGAAAGUGUUUAGUCAGUCUUCUAAGUUAAAUAUACAUAAGGAAAUCCAUACUGCAGAGAAGCCUUACAAAUGCAAAGAAUGUGAUAAAGCCUUUAAGUGGCAUGCACAUAUUGUUUUACAUCAGAGAAUUCAUAGUGGAGAGAAGCCUUAUAAAUGUAGAGGAUGUGACAAAGCCUUCAACGCUUAUUCAAGCCUUAUUCGACAUCAGAGAAUUCAUCAUGGAGAGAAACCUUAUAAAUGUAAAGAAUGUGGGCAAGCCUUUAACAGGUGUUCAAGCCUUACAAAACAUCAGAGAAUUCAUUCUGAAGAGAAGUCUUAUAAAUGCAAAGAAUGUGGCAAAGCCUUUAGCCAGUGUUCAAGUCUCAAAAAUCAUCAGAGAAUUCAUACUGGAGAGAAGCCUUAUGAAUGUAGAGAUUGUGGUAAAACCUUUAACCAGAAUUCAAAUCUUACAAAACAUCAGAGAAUUCAUUCUGGAGAGAAGCCUUAUAAAUGUAGAGAAUGUGGCAAAGCCUUUUCCUCGAGCUCAAAUCUUACUCAACAUAAGAAAAUUCAUUCUGGAGAGAAGCCUUAUAAAUGUAGAGAAUGUGGCAAAGCCUUUACCCAGGGCUCACAUCUUACUCAACAUCAGGCAGUGCAUACUGGAGUGAAGCCACAUAUUUGUAGAGAAUGUGGGAAAGCCUUUAGGUGUUGUUCAACCUUUACCCAUCAUCAGAGAAUUCAUACAGAAAUGAAGCCUUAUAAAUGUAGAGAAUGUGGGAAAGCCUUUACCCAAGGGUCACUUCUUACUCAACAUCAGAAUAUUCAUUCUGGAGAGAAGCCUUAUAAAUGUAGAGAAUGUGGCAAAGCCUAUAGCUGGUCUUCAGCCCUUUCUAGACAUCAGAGAAUUCAUAUAGAACAGAAACCCUGAUAAAUGUAGAGAAUGUGGCAAAGCCUAUAAAUUAUGUUCAAACCUUUCUAGCCAUUGGAGGUGUCAUACUAGAGAGAAGGCUUACGAACAUUAACAAUGUGGCAAGGCCCAUAUACAUUGAUUAGAGCAGUGAUUCCCAAA